AUGCCGCAGUUCUCCGUGGAGCAGGUGCGUGCCAUCAUGGACAAGACCGAGAGCAUCCGCUCCAUGAGCGUCAUCGCCCACGUGGACCACGGCAAAACCACCCUGGCCGACUCCCUGCUUUCCAGGGCCGGCAUCAUCUCCAACAAGUCGGCCGGUGAUGCGAAGUUCAUGCAGGGGCGGAAGGACGAGCAGGAGCGUGGGGUCACCAUCAAGAGCACCGGCGUGACCCUCUUCUUUGAGCACGACUGUGAGGAUGGUGGUGGGCCUCAGCCUCACCUCAUCAACCUCAUCGACUCCCCUGGCCAUGUGGACUUCUCUUCAGAAGUGACAGCAGCCUUGCGCAUCACCGACGGGGCCAUCGUUGUCGUCGACUGCAUCGAGGGCUGUGCAGUUCAAACUGAGACAGUGCUGCGGCAGGCACUUCAGGAACGAGUCAAGCCUUGCCUGUUCGUGAACAAGGUGGACCGCUGCAUCCUGGAAAUGCAGAUGGACGUCGAGGAGAUGUACUGCCGCUUCCGGAGCGCCAUCGAGAACGUGAACGUCAUAAUUGCCACCUACAGCGACACCUCCAUGGGAAGCUUGCAGAUGGACCCGGGCAUCGGAAACGUCGCCUUCGGCAGCGGCCUACACGGCUGGGGCUUCAGCACCGAGCGCUUCGCCAAGAUCUACGCCCAGAAGAUGGGUGUGAAUCAAGCCAAGAUGAUGGAGCGACUGUGGGGAGACUGGUACUACAAUGCCAAGCGGAAGGUCUGGACCACAGCCCAAGUGGAUGAUCUCGGGGAGCUCCUCCAGCGAGGCUUCUGUCAGUACAUCAUGGGACCCAUCAACCAGCUGAUCCGCGCCAUCAUGGACCAGGACGCUGAAAAGUAUGAGAAGAUGAUGGAGUCGCUGGGCAUCGUGCUGAAAGGUGAAGACCGGCAGCUCACAGGAAAGCCGCUCAUGAAGCACGUGAUGCAGACCUGGAUCAAUGCCGCGGACUCACUGUUGGCCAUGAUCGUCACACAGCUGCCGUCUCCGAAAGUGGCACAGCGCUAUCGUGUCGAGAACCUGUACGAGGGCCCCAUGGACGACGCUGCCGCGAACGGCAUCCGCACUUGUGACCCAUCAGCUGCACUGAUGCUGUACGUGUCCAAGAUGGUUCCGGCCACGGACAAGAGUCGCUUCUAUGCCUUCGGCCGCGUCUUCUCCGGCACAGUGGCCUCGGGACAGAAGGUACGCAUCCAGGGUGCACACUACAAGCCAGGGUCGAAGGAAGACCUGCACGUCAAGAACAUCCAGCGGACGGUGCUGAUGAUGGGUCGGACGACCGAGGCCAUCCAGGAUGUGCCCUGCGGCAACACCGUGGCUCUGGUGGGUGUGGACCAAUACAUCGUCAAGUCUGGCACCAUCACGACCUUGGAGGAUGCCCACAACUUUGCGGACAUGAAAUACAGCGUGUCGCCGGUGGUGAAGGCGCGGGGCUUGCCGGUUCUCGAGUCUUCUUAG